UCCUCUGUCCCCUCCUCCCACCCAGUGUCAUCAGCCAGGCGGCUCUGUGAGAAAGUUCCACUGCAAGAGGCCCCUGGGCACUGUCAUUUCCCUCUUCCACCCUGUCUGGUUUGUCAGCGGCCCCAAAGGGCCCUGUGAGGCCGAGCUUGCGUCCACGGGUCCCUCCUGUGAGGGCAAGAUGAAGAAUUCCCUCAUCACCAUGAUGAGGCUGCUUCUGCUGUCCGCAAACUUUCUCUUCGAGUCGGCCUCCAGCUACAACCUGGACGUGAAGGAGGCGCGGAACUUCUCCUUCCCGCCGGCCGGGAGGCACUUUGGGUACCGCGUGCUGCAGGUCGGAAACGGGGUUGUCGUAGGAGCUCCAGGUGAGGGGAACAGCAUAGGAACCCUCUAUCGGUGUGAGUUCCACAAGGGAGCCUGCCUGCCAGUCAGCCUGAGUGGUUUCAACUAUACCUCCAAGUACUUGGGAAUGACCUUGGCCACAGACCCCACAGGUGGAAGCAUUUUGGCCUGCGACGCUGGACUGUCUCGGACAUGUGACCAGAACACCUAUCUGAGUGGCCUGUGUUACCUGUUCCCCCAGAAUCUGGGGGGACCUGUGCUUCGAGGGCGUCCUGGUUAUCAGGAGUGUAUAAAGGGCAACGUGGACCUGGUGUUUCUGUUUGAUGGCUCCAUGAGCUUGCAGCAAGAUGAGUUUCAGAAAAUUGUGGACUUCAUGAAGGAUGUGAUGAGGAAGCUCAGCAAUUCUUCUUACCAGUUUGCUGCUGUUCAAUUUUCCACAAAUUCCAAAACAGAAUUUACCUUCUCAGAUUAUGUUAAAUCAAAGGACCCUGAUGUUCUGCUAGCCAACGUACAACACAUGCGCUUGCUGACCAACACCUUUGGUGCCAUCAACUAUGUCGUGACAGAGGUGUUCCGGGAAGAUCGGGGGGCCCGGCCAGAUGCCACCAAAGUGCUCAUCAUCAUCACAGAUGGGGAGGCCACUGACACUGGCAAUGUCGACCGGGCCAGCGACAUCGUCCGCUACAUCAUUGGGAUUGGAAAGCAUUUUAAGAACCCACAAAAUCAGCAGGAACUCCACAAAUUUGCCUCAAAGCCCACGGAGGACUUUGUGAAGAUCCUGGACACGUUCGAGAAGCUCAAAGACCUGUUCACUGAGCUGCAAAAGAAGAUCUAUCUCAUCGAGGGGACGAGCAAACACAACCUGACCUUCGACAUGGAGCUGUCCUCCAGCGGGAUCAGCGCAGAUAUCCACAAGGGCCGAGCUGUCGUGGGGGCCGCUGGAGCCAAGGACUGGACUGGGGGCUUCAUAGACCUGAAUGAAGACCUGCAGGACAGGGCGUUUAUUGGGUAUAAGUCGCAGACAGCAGGCUAUUUGGGUUACACAGUGGCCUGGCUGCCUUCCCAGGGGCCCACGUCACUGGUGGCAGCGGGAGCCCCCCGAUACCAGCAUGUGGGGCAGGUGUUGCUGUUCCGAGAGCUGAGGGAUACAGGAAACUGGACACAGAUCCAGGAAAUAAACGGGAUCCAGAUUGGCUCUUAUUUUGGUGGGGAGCUGUGUGGCCUUGACAUGGAUCAAGAUGGGGAGACAGAGCUGCUGCUGAUUGGAGCCCCUCUGUUCUAUGGGGAGCAAAGAGGAGGCCGAGUGUUUAUCUACCAGAAAAAACAGCUGGAGUUCGAGGCCGUCUCAGAACUGCAGGGGCUUCCUGGCUACCCACUUGGGCGGUUUGGAGCCGCCAUCACUGCCCUGACCGACAUCAAUGGGGACGGGCUGAUGGAUGUGGCUGUGGGAGCCCCUCUGGAGGAGCAAGGGGCCGUGUACAUCUUCAACGGGCAGCACGGGGCGCCCAGACUCCAGCUGAGUCAGAGGAUAGACGGGACCCAGGUGCGGUCAGGAAUUCGGUGGUUCGGACGCUCCAUCCAUGGGGUGAAGGACCUUGACGGGGACAGCCUGACGGACGUCGCUGUGGGGGCUGAGGGCCAGAUGAUCGUGCUGAGGUCGAGGCCCGUGGUGGAUGUUAUCACCCGGAUGUACUUCUUCCCCCUGGAGAUCCCCGUGCAUGAGGUGGAGUGCUCCUACUCGGCCAGUCCCCGGAAGAAGGAGGGAGUUAACGUCACAGUCUGCUUCCAGCUCAAGAGUCUCACGCGCCAGUUCAAAGGUCGCUUGGUUACCAACCUCACCUACACUCUGCAGCUGGACGGCCAUCGAAGCAGGAGCCGGGGUUUGUUCCCUGGAGGGAGGCCCGAGCUCACCGGCACUGUAGGUGUCUCAGAAGAUGAAUCCUGUAGGCAGUUCUGGUUUCACUUCCCGGUCUGCAUUCAAGACCUCAUCUCGCCCAUCAACAUUUCCCUGAACUUCUCGCUUGGGGAGAAAGAAGAGACCACGUGGCACAAAGACACGGACAGCCCGGACAUGUGGCCCAUCCUGCGACCCUCCCCACACUCCGAGACCAAGGAGAUCCCUUUCGAGAAGAACUGCGGGGAGGACAAGAAGUGCGAGGCUGACCUAAAGCUGUCCUUGUCCCCUGCCAGGCCCGGGGCCCUGCGUCUGACCCCUUCUUCCAGCCUCGUUGUGGAGUGGACGCUGAGCAACUCGGGAGAAGAUGCGUACUGGGUCCACCUAGGCCUGGCCUUUCCCCAGGGGCUGUCCUUCCGCAAAGUGGAGAUGCUGAAGCCGCACACCCAGAUGCCUGUGAGCUGCCAGGAGCUCCCGGAAGGGCCCGAGCUCCUGACCAAAAGCCUCCUGUGCAAUGUGAGCUCGCCAAUCUUCAAAGCAGGCACCUCGGUGGGCAUCCAGGUGAUGUUUAACACGCUGCUGAACAGCUCCUGGGGGGACUUCGUGAAGCUGGACACCACCGUGAGCUGCGAGAACGAGAAUGCAAGUCUCCUGGAGGACAACUCGGCCGCCACCAGCAUCCCCGUCCUGUACCCCGUCAACAUCCUCGUAGAGGAGUGAGGGUUCAGCCUUCCGUCCACGACCACGACUUGCCGUCGCUGGAGGCCGUGGUCAGGGUGCCCCCGCCUCGCGGCGCGCAGCCCGUCUCGCACAGCUGGAGCGUGCGCAUGGAGCCUCCCGUCGCCUGCCGUCGUGAGGACCUGAGGCCGCCGCCCAAUGGCAGCGAGCCUUGUCUCCCCGGAGCCGAGAUCCGCUGCCCGCUUGUCUUCAGGCCGGAGAUCCUCAUCCAAGUGGAGGCGACCGUGGAGCUGAUGGGAGACAUUGAAGCCUCCUCCAUGCUCGGCCUCUGCAGCUCGCUCUCCAUCUCCUUCAACAGCAGCAGGCACUUCCACCUGUACGGCAGCAAUGCCUCCCUGGCCCAGAUCCUCACGAAGGUCGACGUGGUGUACGAGAAGGAGAUGCUGUACCUCUACGUGCUGAGCGGCACCGGGGGUCUGCUGCUGCUGCUCAUCAUUUUCCUAGUGCUGUACAAGGUUGGCUUCUUCAAAAGGAACCUGAAGGAGAAGAUGGAGGCUGACGGAGGCGUCCCCAAUGGGAUCCCUUUGGCGGCGUCUGAGGAGGCCGCAGAUCUGGACUGUCUAGAGCCCCUCCAGGGUAACGAGGCUCAAGAUGGAGGCGUCAAAGACUGAGGCCCAGCCUGAUGCACAGAGGGUCCGGGAAGGACUUGAGAUGCUCAAGGCCUGUCAGCCUCAGUCUGCACUUCAGUGUGUGUCCUUGGGCAAGUCACUGCUGUCCCUCAGCCUCAGUUUCCCUAUCUUGAGCACAGAGCACCCUCCUCUUGUGUCCUGUGUAGGCUCAUAGUGAGAAUCUGCUGAAGCCGGGCAUGGUGGCGCACGCUUGUAAUCCCAGCACUUGGGAGGCUGAGGCAGGAGGAUCGCUGUGAGUUCCA